AUGUGGACGGAGAAGUACCGGCCUGCGACGCUGCAGGAGAUGGCGCUGCCCUCGGAGGUGAGAGACUUCUUUGAGUCUUUGCUGACGGGGAAGAACGCGCUUCCGAACCUCAUGCUGUACGGGCCUCCUGGCAGCGGGAAAACGUCGCUGGCGCUCAUACUGGCUGGCGCCCUCACGCGGAAAGAGAGCGUCCUGGAGCUGAAUGCGUCAAGCGACAGAGAAAUUUCUUCAAUUCGGGGGAAAAUAAAGUCGUUUGCCUCCAGCAAGGCGCACUCUGGGGAGGUGAAGAUCAUCAUAAUGGACGAGUGCGAGUAUCUUACUGCAGACGCCCAGCACUGCCUCAGAAGAAUCAUUGAAGACACGCACAAAAACACCCGGUUUAUAUUUAUAACAAACUACAUCAACAAAGUGAUAGACCCUAUUAAGAGCAGGCUGGUCUCUGUGCACAUUCCAUGGACUGGGAGGGAGGAAAGCCUGCAGAUUCUGGAGAAAGUGCGGGAGGGCGAGGGCCUGGGGGUUUCGCCGGAAAACGUCAAAUACAUCCUGGAAAUAUCGGGGGGAGACAUGCGGAGGGCUCUUGUGCUUCUGCAGACUGUGGGCUCGUGCAAGGCACCCGCAGAGAGCCACCGGGCCAUCAUAGAAGAGAUUUCUGGGAGGGUUCCCACAGAAGUUAUCGAAAGCAUUGUGCGCGCAGAGACGACGCAAGACAUUUUGGACCUGUCGAGAAGAAUAGCCAGGCAGGGGUACUCUGCAAGGGACAUUCUGCAGGGCGUGGUGGAGCACCUGGAAAAGCACGUUCUGAAAACCCGGAAGGUCCUUGAAGCCCUGGUCCUCCUGGGGGAGUGCGAGGGAGACAUUUUAAGCGGCGGCUCAGACGAGAUACACAUAGCCAGGAUGGUCUCCAGCGUGUCUGGCGCAGUUUCCCACGCAGACAAAUAA